GCUUGAUGGAACUGGGAGGAAACUGCUUAUCAAAGAUGGACUGGAUGAGCCCAGGGCCAUUGUACUUGAUGAAAGAAAUGGCAUGAUGUACUGGACAGACUGGGGCGCCAAUCCGAAGAUCGAGCAGGCUGAGAUGGAUGGUUCGGCGAGACAAACCAUUGUAACAGGAAACCUAGUCUGGCCAAAUGGACUCACUAUCGACCCAGCCACAAAUCGACUGUUUUGGGUGGAUGCUUGGGUUGACAAAAUUGAGGUAUCAGACCUCAGUGGAGGAAACAGACAGUUAAUAAUGUCAUCUGCGGCUAAUAUCCAUCCUUAUGGACUGGCGGUGUACCAGGACAUGCUAUACUGGACAGACUGGAAUACUAAGAGCAUUUCGCGUUUAAACGUAAGCAGUGGAAACCAGGAUAUCAUAGUCAAUGGCCUUCAAAAACCUAUGGACAUUCAUGUAUUUGAUCCAGCCUUGAUAUUUUCAGGUUUUCAUAAUUGUUCCCAUAACAAUGGACUCUGCAGCGAUUUCUGCCUUCUUAAGCCACAAGGGUACCAGUGCGCAUGUCCAACCGGCAUCGCCCUCAAGUCUGAUGGGAAAACCUGUGACCAUGACACUGGAGAAAUCUACAAGGUUCCUCUGGAAGUACCUGAAACCCCUUGUUAUCCUUUGGGAAUCACCGCAAACAUCUCAAGACCCGUGGCUGUUGAUUAUGAUCCAGUGGAGGGAAAAAUCUAUUGGACAGACGUAACGUUGGAAUUACUGGCCAGGGCAUUUCCUAACGGAUCUUCAGUUGAAGUCAUCGCGUACGGUAACGUGACAACUCCUGGAGGGCUGGCAGUGGAUUAUGUUGGACGUAAUAUUUAUUGGACAGAUGAGGGAGCCAGUAGAAUUGAGGUCGCAAGGUUGGAUGGGUCAUCCAGAACUAGUCUAAUCACGUCAAGCGUUGUAGAGCCAAGAGCCAUUCUACUUGAUAUUGGAGAAAGAAAGAUGUAUUGGGGUAGUAGGGGAUUAUCGCCAAAGAUUGAACAAGCAAACAUGGACGGUUCUGCCAGGACAACUCUCGUAAGUUCAGGACUUCUAUGGGUGAACGCUCUGACUCUGGACUACCUAAAUAGACAGUUGUAUUGGUGUGAUGCGUACCUUGAUAAGAUUGAAAGGGUUGACCUACAAGGAAGUAACCGAGUACUGAUACUGGACUUAUCAUUGGAUUCUUUGCACCCUUUUGGACUCGCUCUUUUUGGUGACGCCCUGUACUGGUCUGACUGGAACAGUCAAAACGUUCACAAGUACAACAUGACAACCUCUCUGACUGAAGUCGUAGUUCAGGGCAUGGAGACUCCGAUGGAAUUGCACGUGUAUGAUCAAUCCAAAGACUUUACAGGUUAACUAUAUUUUAUUUUAUUAUUAU